UAUUACAUAUCUUGACAAUUCCAAACUACACAAGUUUGACAUCAUAACAAUUUGUAUAGAAAGGUGUUCCAUUCAUAAUAAUCUAAUCAACUAUAAUUUGAGAGAAAAACCUAACCAUUGUGACCGGUCUUCAACACGAAACAAAGACCUCCAACAGGAAAGCAAAAGACGAGAGAAGAUAUGGCCAUGGUGCUGAAUCCCCUUCAUCUCCAAGCUCCUCGAAACAUUGUUCGACAUGGCCAAGGAGAAGGUGGACUUGGUGUUGGGCGAUCCCGGGGAGAUCCAAAAGCUCCAAGACACUCUCUGCAACGUCCAGUCCGUCCUUCAUGAUGACAAGCAGCGCCGAAUCAAAGACAAGGCCAUCAAGAACUGGCUAAUGGAGCUGAAGGAUGUCAUGUACGACGCCGACGACGUCCUCGACGAGUGGCGGACCGCGGCAGAGAAGUGCACCCCGGGAGAGUCCCCUCCGAAGCGGUUCAAAGGCGACAUACUUUCCAUCUUUGCUGGCUUAAGCGACGAGGUCAAGUUCAGAAAUGCGGUGGGCGUCAAAAUCAAGGAUCUCAACGAUCGGCUGAAAGAGAUCUCGGACCGAGGGUCCAAGUUGCAACUCCAUGUGUCUGCGGCGGAACCAAGGGUGGUUCCUCGAGUUAGUCGCAUAACUUCCCCGGUGAUGGAGUCUGACAUGGUUGGCCAGCGACUGGAGGAGGACGCCAAGGCACUGGUGGAGCAGCUGACAAAGCAAGAUCCGAGUAAGAACGUGGUGGUGCUGGCAAUUGUGGGGAUCGGCGGCAUCGGAAAGACCACCUUCGCUCAGAAGGUGUUCAAUGAUGGUAAAAUCAAAGCCAACUUCCGCACCACCAUCUGGGUGUGCGUGUCCCAAGAGUUCAGCGAGACGGAUCUUCUCAGAAAUAUCGUUAAAGGUGCUGGUGGAAGCCAUGGUGGGGAACAGAGCAGGAGUCUGCUGGAUCCCAUGGUGGCGGGUCUCCUUAGAGGGAACAAGUUCUUGCUGGUGUUGGAUGAUGUUUGGGAUGCUCAGAUCUGGGACGACUUGCUCCGCAAUCCUUUGCAGGGAGGAGCAGCCGGGAGCAGGGUGCUGGUGACCACCAGAAACGCAGGGAUUGCGAGGCAAAUGAAGGCGGGCCUCGUCCACGAGAUGAAGCUGCUGCCUCCAGAGGAUGGCUGGUCUCUCCUUAUGCGACUUAGAGUCCUACAUCUUAUGCACACAAAAAUCGAGAUUCUACCGCACUACAUCGGAAAUAUGAUACACUUGAGAUUCUUGAAUGUGUCUUGGAGCCAUGUAACGGAGAUUCCAGAAAGCAUAUGCAAUCUGACGAAUUUAUAGUUUUUGAUCCUUUUGGGAUGUACUGAGUUGACACAUAUCCCCAAAGGUAUAAUUAGGCUAGUCAAUCUAAGGACACUCGAUUGUGGACUUACGCACCUGGACAGCUUACCAUGUGGAAUAGGAAGGUUGAAGCUCCUCGAUGAACUCCAAGGAUUCGUGGUGAACACGGCUACUAGUACGUGCCCAUUGGAAGAAUUAGGCAGCCUCCAGGAGCUCAGAUAUCUCUCCAUUUACAAGUUGGAGAGGGCGUGCAUGAAAGCCGAACCAAGAAGGGAUACAAGCGGAUUAAAGGGCACUUCACUGCCAACUGCUGUAGGUGGAAGAUAGAGAUAAAAGAGAGAAUAGUGAAGCUCCGCACUCUUGGUUACCUUCGCCUUAUUGGUGAGCUUUUCAAGCAAAAAAUGGUGCCAGAGAAUAUAGUUCAUCAUAUUGUUCAGGAGCUUCUAGGGCAUGAUGGAAAACCAUGCGCUGCUGAGGAAAAUGUUGAGGCAAUCGGCCAGUUAUUGAACACCAUAGGGAAGGAGUUGGAUGAGAGAGUCGUAAAUCUCGUCGCUUUAAUGAUGUCUAUUUCAGCCGGCCGAAAGAGCUAACUACCGAUCCUCAACUUGCGUCACGUCCAAGAUUUAUGGUCCGCGAUGUGCUUGACCUUUUGUGCAAACAAUUGGAUCCCUCGGCGUGAAGAGUUUUCUUGCGAAUUGAUGGCUUCCCGAGGCAGAAAAGAAUCUGGGGCCACGCCCUAGUGCGACUCCAAGCAUGAGAAGUAGCCGUGAUGUUGGUGGUUCAGGAGAUCUUAGUCUUACGGGAUAUCCUUGGAAUUAAACUUAUUUAAAAGAUGAGAUUGAAACUUCUUUUCUUUUCUAUCAAUCCUAUCAACAGACGCAAUGCUGGUGGUAUGAUUCCUGGGAUGCCUGGAAUUCCUGGGUUAGACGAUGACCAUUGGGAAGUUCCACAAGCGAAUCUAUGCCCAGGGGUGAUGUUAACCGUGUCCAUGGUCCUUUGAUCACCAUCCAUCACUUUUAAGCUCUUACACAAGGUAGCGGUAGCCUGGCAUCUGGUAAGACUAGUGCAUUACUGCAGGGCAGUGGCCCAGUAUCUCGUUCUUCUUGUAUUGUUUCAGGCGUAUCAGAUUCUCCAUCUCAAAACUUAGGGCUCCAGAGACCAGUUGGUCAAGAAGUUAGUGGCAACACAAAUUUAAUCCUAAUGAGCUGCAUAAAAAAACAGUUCCUCUUUUUGAAGAGUAUUUUGACAUCUGCAUUCUAGAUGAAGCACUUCAAUGUGUAGAGGAACUGAAGAGCUCAGAGUACCAUCCAGAGGUUGUCAAUGAAGCCAUCGAUUUAGCUCUAAACAAGGGCUUUUCAUAUCUGGAAGCUGUAGUGAUGUUUUUGGAGAUUUUGCUGAUUAAAAAUGUUUUUACUCCAAGGGAUUUGGGGACAAGUUGUUUGCUCUAUGAUGCGAUGUAAGAUGAUGUUGGCAUUGAUUUGCCAAAGGCACCCACAUAUUUUGGUGGUGUUGAUUUCAAAGGUAGUGGAGGAAAUUCUCACAAAGGUUGAAGAUGCCAGUUUCCAGUCAGCAAUAUUUGAUGCUCUUUUCAGAAUUUUUAAAGCAAGUCCUAAUGGACAGGUAAUAUUGAGUGGACAUGUAGAAGAAGUUAAGGCUUGUUGGAACUGUUUACAAUUGUUUAUCUCUAUAUUUUGUACUCUCUAAUCUCUAGUAUGAUAAAGUUGAGUACCAUUUACCUUUUAGGCCUUUUGGUAUCCUAUGUUUUUGUAUGGAUGAGGAACAUAUAGUGCAAGUGGAUUUAUGAGCAACAAUCUAGUUUGUGAGUUGUUCACUGUUGCUAGAUUGUUUGAACUUUUAUUAUUUCUUAAAGAUAACUGAUGGCAAGGCCAUGAGCCAUGAACAAAAUUUUAUUAGUGCUGCUUGUUAUGGUAUGUCAUUUCUUGAAUGUUCUGUAUUUUUCUUGUUUUCAACAAUCUUUCAUCCUUGUAAUGGUCAGUUAUACUAUAUUACCUUUGAGCAUUAUGCAUCUGGGAGAUCCUAGUGAAAGAUGAUUAUAAGCUACUGACCAUCCUAUAUCCUUUUUCCCUUUGAUCUUCUGAGGGCUGAACUAUUUUGCAUUAGUAUUUGUGUGCAUGGGUGUCUGUGAGUGCGUGUGUGUGUAUGUGUGCGCAUGUAUGUGUGCGCGUGCUCUUGCGUGUGUGCAUACAUAUAUGAGUGUGUAUAUGCGUGUGCGUGCAUGUGUGCAUUCGUGUGUUUAUGCAUGUGUGUGCGCGUACGCUUGUAUGUGGUGUUUGCGCAUGUGUGUGUGCACGCUAGCCUACAUGCGAGCGAAGAUUUGGCUACUAUGACCAUUCCUUCGCUCAAACUUCAAGCAGCUAUAUGUGAUGAUUUUUUGUGCAGUGUGUAUGUUGAAUGCUUGUGCCAGUUGUAGCAAAAUGGAUAAACUCAUGAAGCUCCAGUUGCUCUUUAAGCUCUUGACAAAUGAUUGUGGAUACGAAGGAAGGAAUUGGUGAGUGCAUCAAAUUGUUGAAAUUAAUAUUCUCACUUAGUUUGCUUUACCUUGUUUGUCUUUGCAGAUGGUUAUACAAGCGCAGGAAGGAGAUGCAAGCUCAGAUCCAUGAGCUCCAGUUUCAUGCAGAUGGUCAUGCUUGCCUGUCUUAUCAUCACAGUCAUCACCUCUUGUUUUUUUUCUGUAAUUAACUGCAUUUCCAUCAGAUAGGAAUACAGUUUUCUUCCUAAUACUCCAUUGUUUAUAUGAUUUAUGAAGGCAAUCAUCUAUAACCUGUAAUCUUGAGAAGUGUUUCGAUCUAUGCCAAGACAUCAAUGAUUGUCAUGUUGUUUAUUCUCCUGUAUUAGUUCAUGUUGCGUAUUCUGAGACAAAGACUUGGAAUAAUAUCUUUUUACCUUUUUCUUGAUAGGUUGAACCAAAUGCAUGAUCCUACAUGGGCUACUCAUCUUCGAAUGGAAUCAAUGGAUGGUCAAAGAGACUCAUCCUGAUGCAAUCUUCAGCAACUCUUACUAGAUGAUGAUAGUGAGAGAGAUGUAUGGCUUUCUGCUACUUUCCUGAGGCUCUCAUCUUCAUACUAAUAUCCUGCCGCCAUCACAUAUUGGUCUGUAAGUCUGAUGUCUUGUGAUGUUAUGUCUGCACUCAAUGUUACAGAAACUCCCAAUGUCACACAGAAUCCUAUGUCUAUAUUCUCAAAUCUGCUGUGAUAUAGAUGCCUUCUUAUCAUCAGAAAAAUUCAGCUUGCAAGCCAUGUGAAGAAUUCCCACCAUAAUAGUUUGGGACUGUUCACCGACAUGCAAAAGGACGGUGAUCUGUCUUGUUCCUUCUGUUCUUUCCUGUUCUCUUCUUCUGCUUCUUUGGCGCACCGAACACAACUUUACUUCUGUUGAGUGACAUCUUUUGCUGAUCUAUUCUCAUGUGCAGGCUCAUCACCUACUUUGUUUUUUACCACCCUCGAAGCAAAGAAGAGAAAGAAAAGAUCUUUAAACCCAUGUGGAGUUCUUGAAACAUGACCACUGGAAGAAGAUGGAAAGAUUCUUUUGUUGUUUUGAGUAUCGAACAACAUAGGCUUGAAAUUGACGUCGGCUUUUGACAGUGUUCUGCUCAGACUUUUCUCUCGGUCUUUCACCAUGUCAGAUUCCCUGGAUUGGGCACUGUUGUAGUGGUCAUGUGGAGUGUGGCUACUGAUAUCAUCAGCCACGGUGCAGGAGAUCAAGCUCGCCAACUGCCCCAACUCCUGGAAGACCUGCCAUUACACGGCCGAAAUGUGACGGUGAAGCUGAGCAGUGGUGACAAGUCCGGUGAGGAGAGCGUGGAAGUUGACGGCGGGGAACGGCUGAGCCACUCGAAAAAGAGUGGUACUGGUGGCAAAGGAGGGAAGGGUGUCGGCGGCGCAGGCUCUCAAUCUCUCCGGCAGCCACGUUCUCGGAAGAGCGGCUCCACAUCCAUGCGACGGCCAUACUGCUCUCUCUGGGGAAUUGGUCUGUCUUCCCUCCUGCUUUGCGUUGCUUUAACCUGACUUCUUUGGUAUCGCAAGAUCGAUGAAUAAAUGGCGUGAGUGAAUGUGUGAAGUUAUGUUUGAAGUAUAGAGUGUUUGUAUGACUACAUCUAAUCUAUGAUCGUGGAAAUGCCGACGAUGAUGAUUGAAUGCU